AUGGCUGGCCGCCGCUGCUUCUUGCCAUUGUCAAGGCUGGUCCUCCUGGUGGUUCUUCUUGGUGCUGCCCUUCACGGCGGUGGUGCCGUGGCCAGGCUGUGUGUAACACCCGGCGUGUUACACAGGCCACUGCAGGUCAUCACCGAGCCGCCUGGCGCCGUGGCAGAGGGACCGGGGGACGCUGCGCAGGCCGGAGCAGGUUGCGGGCCCGACCGUUCUGAGGCCGGCGGGGAGGUGAUCCUCGCCGGGUUCGCGGCCGCGUUGAUAAUCGUUAUCGUCUGCUACAUCAGGAUCACCCGGGAGAGCAGCAGCACUAGAGUCGGAGAGAAGCAGCAGGGAAGAUUAGGAGGGUUCUAA